GGCUCGUGCACAUUCGUCACAGACGCGUUCGCGUGACGAGAUAGGCUACUUUCCGAGCCAUGCGUCAUAGUGGUUCUCAGACGCACCACUUUUGGCGCGGAUGCGCGCUGCACUUUAACGGUAUUUCGUGGUCGCAGGUGCACGACAGGUAGUUAAAGAUUAGACUGCAGUACUAACUUGGUCACUUGUGCGAGGAAGUAGGUGUUUUUUGGCUAUAGGCGCGCACACUGUGAUUCCGUUUGGUGAUCAAUUGAUUUUAAACUAACGGUCGCGCGUAUACCUGUGUAACGGGGCAGGAUGGAAAAAGAGACGCGAGUGCCCUCUCGAAAACACAGCGCAUCCCACUGGAGACUCCAAAACAUUGCACAGGAAUCUGUUGAAAGCUCUGAUGAGGAGUUUUUUGAUGCCAGAGAUGUUAUGGAGGGAAAGGCAGCCAUGCUUCUGGGAAUGAGUCAGUGGAACUCCAAUGAUCUGGUGGAGCAGAUUGAGACACUGGGACACAUGGAAAACUCAAGAGAGAGUCUAUAUAGACUAUGUCACCCACGCUGUGCUCCGCAGAGCAGUGUUGAUGGGCUGGAAGACAUAGAGAGGAAGUGCAGAACACAGCUGCUCAUCCUGGUGAUUCAUGGGGGUCACAUCUUGGAUUCUGGAGGUGGUGACCCUGGCGGGAAGGCGGGUGAUGCUGCCACCCUGGCAUCCGUGUUGGAGCGUGUGGCGCGGGCUCACUUCCAGGCAGCCGCAGACAGAAUGCUGGUCAGAUUGGUGCCCUGCCCACCAGUGUGCGCUGAUGCUUUCUCGCUAGUUUCUAAUUUGAAUCCAUACAGUUAUGAUGAGACGUGUGUAUCCAGCAGUGUGGAUCACUUGCCACUGGCCGCUCUGCCCAUCCUUGCCAUAGCUGCUCCCCAUUACCAAAACGCAGUGGCAACAGUCAUUGCUCAGGCCAAUCAGGUUUACCGAAAUUUCCUUCAGUCCCCAGAGGGCGUGGGCUUCACCGGACAGGUGUGUCUGGUAGCAGACUGUGUUGGCGGUGUCCUUUGUUUUGACGCCUUGUGUUUUAGUGGCGACAAGCAGCACAAAAGCCCCGUGGACAGCAGCACGAACAACAGCACAGAGUCUCUGAAGGAGAAGCCAGGUGUUGUGAACUCUCUAAGUCCGACACUGAGAGGCAGCAAGCGGCUGAGUAAGAGUAACAUUGAUGUGUCGACUCCGUCUGACGUGCUGUCUGGAAUUCGUCAUCCUCUCAUCCGCAAACAGAGCGACUCGUGUGACGCAGAUGUAGCCAGUGGUCAACGUGAGGUCUUUCUCAGCAGUUUGUCUCAGGACGAUCACUGCGGCUCCAGACAGCUUCUCAAUCCGGGCUGUUUUGAGUUCGAAGUGUCAGACUGCUUUAUGUUGGGCUGCCCGCUGGGAUUGGUGCUCGCUAUGAGGAGAACAGUGUUGCCUUCUGUUGAGGUGGCUCAGCUCCGUCCAGCUUGUUCUCAGAUUUUUAAUCUGUUCUACCCGUCUGAUCCUUCUGCCUCACGUCUGGAACCCCUGCUUCAUCCGGCUCUCACCCAGCUGCCCCCGUUUCCUGUUUCCAGAUACCAGCGUUACCCCCUGGGUGAUGGGCGCUCUACUCUCAUUGCUGACCUGGUGCUGAGACGCAUGUCAGACGGCAGUGUUUUUGUAGAUGGGACCCCAGUGCAUUCUUGUUCAGGAAGCGGAUCCCGCAGGGGCAGCAGUCGAGCUGUGCCGCACGGCCCUGCCCACCCUGAGCCGACUGAACCUGCCACAAGCGAGCCUGUUAGCAUUUCACAAUUAUGCAAUAGGUGGUGGGGCACAAAGCGGUUGGAUUACGUGCUAUACUGUCCUGAUGUGCUCACCACAUUCCCAACUAUAGCACUGCCUCAUCUGUUUCAUGCCUCAUACUGGGAGUCCACAGAUGCUGUGGCCUUUAUUCUCAGACAGGUGAUGCGAUGUGACUGCCUGAAGGCUGGAGAGGCAGAUUGUUCAGACACGAUGCCCAUCUCCCCAUCCAGCCCACGUGAGAAGUGGCUUCGGAGAAGGACACAUGUCAAACUUCGGAAUGUAACAGCGAAUCACAGAGUUUAUGAUGUCAUUGGGACAGAGGAUGGCCCUCAGACACUGGUGGGACGGUUCAUGUACGGGCCUCUUGACAUGGUGACCCUGACUGGAGAGAAGGUUGAUGUGUUUUUAAUGACUCAGUCUGGCUCUGGCCGUUGGGUGCUGUUUGACACUGUGGUAACCAGCAACAGCGGACGGGUCUCCUACACCAUUCCUGAAAAUAAAAAACUUGGGUUGGGUGUCUACCCCAUCAAAAUGGUGGUCAAAGGUGACCAGACAAGCGCAGAGGCAUUUCUUACAGUGUUACCCCGGGGAAUGGACUGUGUGGUGUUUAGCAUUGAUGGAUCCUUUGCUGCCAGUGUCUCGCUAAUGGGUAGCGAUCCUAAAGUCCGUCCAGGUGCUGUUGACGUGGUCAGACACUGGCAGGAUCUUGGAUAUCUAAUCAUCUACAUUACUGGUCGUCCUGACAUGCAGAAGCAGAGGGUCGUGUCCUGGCUCUCUCAACACAACUUCCCACAGGGGAUGGUCUUCUUCUCUGAAGGUCUCGUUCACGACCCCUUGCGUCAGAAAACCAUUUUUCUCAAGAGUCUGGUGAACGAGUGUCACAUUAAGAUCAGUGCGGCAUAUGGUUCAAUGAAGGACAUGUCAGUGUACAGUACUUUGGGACUCGCACCUAAUCAGAUAUACAUUGUGGGCAGACCAUCGAAGAAGCAUCAACAGCAGUGCCAGUUUAUAAGUGAAGGCUACGCAGCUCACCUGUCUGCUCUGGAGUUCGAGCACGGCUCGCGCUCCAAAAAGAACCGCAUGGUACUGCGUCAGGGAUCUUUUGGCUUGUCCCCCAAGACGGACUUCCUGUCACCGUCCCCGGACUUCCUGUCCUGCAAGCGCACCCCGCUGUUGCGUCGAGCCAUGUCUGUUCAGCAGCCGUCUCCGCCCUCCUCAUCUGUCUCCACCCCCAAACCCGAGCGUGCUCAGAGUCAACCCGAAUCUCACAAAGAUGGCCCGGAGAUUCGCAUUCAGACCGAAGAGGAUGAGGAAGAGGAGGAGGAGGCUGAAAAAAUACAGGAUGUUGUUCUGUAGCACCAUUAGUUUCAGAAAAGUACGUUGAGGGAUUGCAUCGUCAUUUAUUACGAUCACACAUCAAGAUCCCAAGAACUUUUCAUCUCAUCUGUAAACAUGACAGAUCGAUUCACAGCAGUAUAAAAACCAAGUGGUGAGUGGUAUAAAGCUUAUAGGAUCCUAGCAGAGAUGUGAACGUGGACCUCAAAGAGGCUUGAUAAUGAUCAAGCUGAACGUUUGGACAAUGAAUGCUUCAUCAUGUCAUACGUGACCACCAGCUUGUCGUUGACUAAAGGAUGGAGGAAUGUGGGGUUAAUUGAAUUUUUCUGAUAAAAACAGAACUAUAUGGCACAGAACGGCGAUAUACAGGAAUAUAAAUGUGCUAUAGUGUGGCGAUGUUUUUUAUGGUAGUUUUAUACCUGGAAACUUAUUUCUUGUGUUGUGAGAGCUCUCCACAGAUUCCUUUAAUGGUCUUUGCAAAGGUAACCAUGGACAUGAGCACCUGAACUUUAUCUAUUUAUAGCAGAGCUACAAGACUCACCUGCGCCAUCCUCCAGAUGCUGUAACAUGUCUGUUUCUUAGAAACCUGUUUUCUUGUUGGUUGAAAUUAGGUGUAGGUAAAAGGAGCUUACAUAAACAGACCCUACAGGCAUCCUUCAAAUUUAUAGAAUAUAAACAAAGACAUUUCAUAGCAGUUUAUUGAAGCAUUGCUUGCUUUUUGAGACAUUUCGCUCAUACUGAUUCUUUCAUACAAUGCAGACUAUCAGCUGUUCAGUAUGUCUUGACAUUAACUUUUAAACAUGCCCUGAUCUUACAGGAAUUGGUACAUAUUUUAUGAGUUGGCUAAAUUGUAUGUAUUUGUACGAAGUGAAUUGUACAAAAACUUACAAUUGUUAGAAAAAUAAUGAUGGAACUUCUAGCCCCGCCCCUAAGCCCAACUUCACUUUGCCGAAAACAAAAUCAUACAAAAACACAAAGUUGGUCGUACGAAUUUGCCACCUCAUAAAAUACGUACGAAAUCCCCUGAGAUUGUGCUGAACAUGCCAUGCUGUUAUUUGAUGUUUAUAACAUUUUCAGAGAGAAUUGCACAAAAUUGUAUAUAAUUGUAUAAAUGUAUUUCAUAGACUGUGUUAUUGGAUGUUAUAAAAUUAUCUGUUGAAAUGCAUUUGUCAAGU